GUUGGUAAGGAAGAAAUUCAUACUAAUAAUUGAGGCACAGCCAAAAUACUAAGAAUUACGCGACAUUUUCUCUUAUUGGUUAGAUUUGAGGAUUCUCUCUUUCAUAUGAGAAUCUGCCGAUUCUCCUUCUAAUUUCUGCUGCCCAAAGGCCUCGAUUUUCGAGGAAUCUAAUCCCUUUCCCAUCUUUGGGGUUGCAGCUAGCUCAGCUCCCUCCCCCAAUUAUUGGACGCAAACUAAAUUAAUAUUAUAAUUCAAUUGAUCAUAGGCUUCAUAUUUAUUGUGAAAAAUCAAUACUCAAUUGGGAUAAGUUGUUGAUUUUUUUUUGGUUGCAAAUGGGGCUUCUUGGUGGUGGUAAAGGAGGGUGUUUUGUUGGGGGAGUGAGAAGUCUAAUAAGGAGGAAACAGGUUGAUUCUGCUCAUUCCAAUCCUUCUUCUUCUGCUGCUACUUCUCAUCAUCAGUUAGCUAAAGCUUUAACUGUUCCUCACCUUAUUGCCAUAGGUGUUGGUUCCACAAUUGGCGCUGGGGUUUAUAUUCUGGUUGGAACGGUUGCAAGAGAGCACUCUGGUCCUUCCCUCACCUUUUCCUUUUUGAUAGCUGGAAUAGCAGCUGCUCUUUCGGCCUUUUGCUACGCAGAGCUUGCAAGUCGUUGUCCAUCUGCUGGGAGUGCCUAUCACUACUCUUACAUAUGUGUCGGAGAAGGUGUUGCGUGGCUGAUCGGCUGGGCACUGAUAUUGGAAUACACGAUUGGAGGCUCUGCAGUUGCUCGUGGCAUAUCUCCGAAUCUGGCUACGCUUUUUGGUGGUCCAAAUAGCCUGCCAGCUUUCUUAGCUCGUCAUACAAUCCCAGGACUGGACGUUGUGGUGGACCCAUGUGCAGCAAUUUUAGUUUUUGUUGUUACUGGGCUUCUAUGUGUGGGGAUUAAAGAGAGUACGAUGGUACAAGGAUUUGUCACUACAGCAAAUGUAUGUGCCAUGAUUUUUAUCAUUGUUGCUGGUGGAUAUCUAGGAUUCAAAACUGGAUGGCCAGGCUAUGAGCUACCUGUGGGGUAUUUUCCCUAUGGGGUUGAUGGUAUGCUUGCUGGGGCUUCAACUGUCUUCUUUGCCUUCAUUGGGUUUGAUUCAGUUGCUAGUACUGCUGAGGAGGUGAAGAAUCCUCAGCGCGACCUGCCAAUGGGGAUUGGUUUUGCAUUAUCGAUAUGUUGUUCUCUGUACAUGUUAGUCUCUGCAGUGAUUGUUGGUUUGGUACCCUAUUAUGCUAUGGAUCCCGACACACCAAUCUCCUCUGCAUUUGCGAGCCAUGGAAUUAAGUGGGCAGCAUAUAUAAUAACAGUAGGAGCUUGUACUGCUCUUUGCUCAACGUUAAUGGGCUCACUUUUGCCUCAGCCUAGAAUACUUAUGGCGAUGGCUCGGGAUGGUUUGUUGCCUUCAUUUUUCUCAGAUGUGAAUAAACAUACUCAAGUUCCUGUUAAAAGCACUGUAACAACCGGUUUACUUGCUGGAACCCUGGCCUUUUUCAUGGAUGUUGAACAGUUGUCAGGAAUGGUCAGUGUUGGUACACUUCUUGCUUUCACAAUGGUGGCGAUCUCAGUGUUGAUUCUUCGAUAUGUUCCACCAGAUGAGGUCCCACUUCCAUCGUCUUUCCAGGUGGCGAUAGACUCUGUAAGCCAACGGCUUAGUGAAAGUAGUAGUAGUACAGACAUUAAUGUUGAGAACACCGAAGUUCCAGUUGUCUCCUUUGAUGACGCUACUCCUCUUUUAGAUGGGGUACCAGUCACACAUCCACAUGUGGAGAAAGCAGCAGUCCGAUUUAGCUUUUUCAUUGACCAAAGGCGGAAAGUUGCUGGCUGGACAAUCAUGUUCACGUGUAUUGGAGUGUUUAUGCUUACAUCUGCUGCUUCAAUUCUUAGCCUGCCAGGCCCUAUAAGGUUCACACUCUGUGGAAUUGGUGGGUUGUUCCUGCUAUCUGGUCUGAUAGUGCUUACCUGCAUAGACCAAGAUGAUGCAAGGCACAAAUUUGGACACGCAGGAGGAUUCACUUGUCCGUUCGUGCCACUUCUACCUAUUGCCUGCAUUCUCAUCAAUUCCUACUUGUUAAUUAACAUCGGUGGUGCAACUUGGAUGCGUGUAUCAGUGUGGCUGGCACUAGGUGUGUGUGUAUAUGCUUUCUAUGGUCGAACCCACAGUUCACUGCAGAAUGCAGUUUAUGUUCCAGCAACCCAUGUUGAUGAAAUUUACCAGAGCUCUGCUUCCCUUGCAUAUUAACAUAUUAUUGUUGGCGCCAGUGAUAACUCGUCUUCAAUUGAACUCAGAAGCAGCAUCCAAGAUCAGCUGUCUUCGUCCACGGUGAAGCAGAAAAACACAUUGGCUUCCCAAGUGUUUUGUCUAUAGAAAAACUGCUGCACGGUUUAGAUAGCCCACACACAUCUUUCCCUGUAUGUGUCACAUUGUAUUUUGUUGCCUGUAGGACUUCCAUUUAAGGAGGAAAUUAAAGAAAGGGGGAAGGGUAAAGAAAAAUAAAAAAUGAAAAAAAAGAUAUGUGGUUCCAAGUCACUAUACCACAUUCACAUUGUUAUCAAAAGUGGCUCCUUGAUUCUUCGUGCCUCUUGUAUGUAUACCAUAAUUGUCAUAGGGAUAGGUUGGAGCUAAUAUAGUAUAUUUGAAAAUGUACAUAUGCUGUGUGAAAUGCAGAUCAAAGAGUUUAUCUUGAAUUCAACGAGUCUGCUAUUUCCUUCUGA